AUGUUAAAAGAAGGAGAUUCAUUAUUUGAUCCACAAUUUAAACCUGCUAUGAGAGAUUAUUUUGCAGGAUGUUUUGAUAUGAAAUCACCAAUGUUUCAACAAAUGGCAAGAAACGUAACAGGGAAAUUAAUGACAUACAUGAGAUUUAGUACUGAAAGAAAAAUGUAUAGAAAGGAAUUAGAUAAAAUUGUUAUUAAGAACCCAAUAUUUAUUACUUCAUUACCAAGAAGUGGGUCAACUUAUUUACAUAAUUUAAUUGUAAAUGACCCAAGAGCUAGUGGAAUUAGAUUUUAUGAACAUAUUUGUCCAGGAAGUAAAACAAUGGAAAGUGAAAGUAGAAAGAAUAUACUUAGAGACAUAUUAAAGUUAUUUGAAUCAAGUCAUACUGAAAUGAAUACUGUUCAUAACCUUGACAGUUUAAUGAAUUAUGAAGAAGAAUUAUUCUUUAUGGAAAUGCUUGGACAAUGCUUUAUCAUUUCAAGUGCUAUGCCUCGUUUUGAACAAUUUAGAGUUAAUCAGUUUAAAAGAGAUUAUCAUUAUGUUUAUGAAGCUCUUAUUGAUGAAUUUAAAAUGCAUUUAGAAGAGUUUCCAUUAAAAGGAGAAGAUGGAUUUUUAUGUCUUAAAGCUGUCAAUCAUUUUGCAACAAUGGUACCAAUGUUAGAUGUUUUAGGAAGAGAUGAAUAUAAUGCUCGUUUUAUUUGGAUUCACAGAGAACCAGUUGAGCAACUUAAAUCGUUUAUUCCAUUACUUAUAGCUACAAAAGGAAGGUUCGAAUAUGAUUUAGGUAAAGAUGAUAUUGAGUGGUUAAAUAAAUUUGCUGUUAAAAUAAAUGAAAUCGUUUUGAAAAAUUCAAUUGCUGCACGUGAUGCUUGGGUUGCUCAAGAUCCAUCAAGAGCUAAAAGAAUUUUUGAUGUUGGAUUUGUUGAAGCUGUAACAAAACCAAAAGAGACAGUACAAAAGAUUUAUGACUACUUUGGAAUUGAAAUGACUCCAGAGGCUGAGAAACAAUUAGAAUUUAUUAUCAAAGAAGGAGAUCCACAAAGAAAGCAUGGAAGGAAACCACAUGAUGAUAAGUUAUAUUUCUUUAAUGAUGAAGAUAUAAGAAAGAGAUAUCAAUUCUAUUAUGAUAGAUUUGGACAAUACAUGCCAUAUUAUUAUGGUAAAAAGUAA